CAAAACAUUUUAGCAAUAAUAGCACGUUGUGUUUGGUAUAUAAGAGACUGAAAAUCUUUCCAAUUUUCAUAACAAACAAAACCUUAACAAAUAAUUAACUCUUUAAUUAAACAUUGGUUUCAAAUUGAAUUUAAUUUCAAAUAUGCGUUCAAUGAUUGCUGUAUUGACUCUCCUAUUCGUUGUGUUCACUAUCGGUGACUUCAAGAAUGUUAACCAAAGAUAUGCGAAGACUAUCCCGAAAGUGGCCGACAGUUUUAAAACCACUUUUGUCAAUGAAUUUAAGCAAGGCCACAACGUGAGCACAUACCCCGAUAACUCGGAUAAGGUGUGUUGGGUGUGCAGCAGACCCUGUGCUAUGAUCUACUGUUGCGAAGGUUCGAACCCCCAGUGCUGUAGUGUCGGCGGUUAUUGUGGCUGUUGUACGAACUAACCACAAAGUUUAUUAAUUCAUUUAUUAAAUAUCCUAUCUGUAUCAUAUUAAUCAAAUCAUUCAAUUAAAGAUUUUAAUUUUUUAAUAAUUUAUAUUGUAUAACAAAAAUAUACAAACUUACAGAUUAUAUUAUAGGUUUUAUGUAAAGUAUAUGUAU